AUGACUAGAGUUCAUAUCUUGCGCCAUGGACAAGCCCGUCACAACAGCGUAGAAAGAGGCUAUCCACACCGCGACCCUCCCCUCACAGACCUAGGCACACGACAAGCCAAAAACGUCCAACAAACCCUCAAAGUGAAACCCGAUCUGAUCAUCGUGUCGCCCAUGACAAGAACAAUCCAAACAAUGUAUAUUGUGUUUCGAUAUCUUCUCAUUACAGAAGAUACAGAGAUUCAGGUCUGGCCUGACUUACGCGAGGCCCACGACGCUCCCUGCAACAAGGGCGUUGCGCGUGCAGACUUGGCGGCAAAGUUUCCCCAUCUUGACUUGUCAGGGUGUCCAGAGCGCUGGGAUUUUCCGGCUCAUACCCCUGGAGAUGCGACGGUACGUGCCGAGAAGGUUCGGCAGAGGGUUAGGGAGAUUGCCAAGGCGGGGAAAUACAAGGAUAUUGUGCUUGUAACGCAUCGGGGAUUUGCUGCAUUCAUGGUUCAAGGUGAACGGUUUAGUGUUUGUGGUGAGAGAUCUCUCAACUACUGGUCACGACAUUGUGCUAAUUAA